UAUAUUCCUUGUAACCAUUUUACAGAACAUCUUGAUUGCUUUUAUGAAUGGUGUAUAUUCUACAGCAGGUACUAAAGGUAAACAAAGAUUAUUGAGAUAUCAAGCAAAUCAUAUAGUAGAUUAUGAAGCAUUAUACAAACCUUAUUUUUCGAAACCUAAACCUGAACCAAAACAUAUAUAUUACUUUAGUCAAUCUAAAAAUUUUGAAGAAUGGGAUAAUAAGAUAAAAGGUGAACAAUGUGUUAUUUAUGAAGGUUAUGAUUUUGAAGUAACAUCAACAAGCGUUAUUUUUAAAGAAAAGGAUUAUGAUGAGCAUUCGCAUUUAAAAUAUGAUGAAUGUGAUGAUAAUAUUAAAUUGGUAAUCGAAGAAUUAUUAUUUAUUGGUAAUGAAUUGAAUGUAGAUAUUGAUAAUUUGAUUAAAAUAUUUAAAGGUGAUAAUUCAAUUGAAAAAAUUGAUAAAAUUGAUGUUAGAGCUAAGAAAAAGUGUUUAAAAGUUAAGGUUGAAAAAUUGCAUGAUAUAUUAGAGGAAUUGAAGAAAAAAGAUUUGUAAAUUUUAUUUGAAAUUUAAAACUUCUCAAUUACUGUAUUAAUAUUGAAGUAGUAAAGUUA